UUGCGUGCGUGUAUAAAGUAUUUCUCUGCCUUGUCUCUCUUCCUUUAUUCUUCUUAGGGUUUUCACGCACCGCUUUCUUCUCUCUGUAGACUCUGCGUGAUACAAUUGCUGGCACCGGAGAUUCUCAAUUCAUUACAUCCUUGUUCCAAAACCUCAUUCAAUUAAUAAUUUAAGGGUUCCUACGAGUAGAAGUACCUACAGGGAAUUUUUUCUUUAAUUUUGGGGGGGUUUCGAAUUAGGGUUUUCGCUGAUUUAAUUUAAUCUUUUCUUUGAAGAAGAGAGAUGCAACGGAUUAAUCGAUCGAAGAGAGUGAGAGAUUGGUGAGACAAAUUAAGGGGUGGGUGGGUUUUUGUAUGGAAACUCGGAGCCGGAAGCGGGCGGAGGCUUCCUCAGCUGCCCCAUCGUCGUCGUCCACCGGUCGUUCUAGCAAGCGCGCUCGUGUUUCUUCCAAUUCUUCUUCUUCUUCGAUUCCCAACGCCACUGUUGCUGUCAACACUCGUUCUCGUUCGUCCAGGAUUAACAACAACUCUGCUCCACCCAUGGACCCCACCAACGAAUCCUCUGGGUCGCGCCGUGAUCGCCGGGGCAAGAAUUUGGAUAGGGAAAAUCCCGAUAAAGGGAAGGAGAAAGAACAUGAUGUUAAGAUGAGGGAUUUAGAGCGAGGGUUGGGGUUAAACAUGGAAAGCGGAGGUGCUGGGGAUGACGAUGAUAACGACAGUGAGGGUGGCGUGGGAAUUUUGCAUCAGAAUUUGACGUCUGCGAGUAGUGCACUUCAAGGGCUUCUCCGGAAACUUGGUGCUGGUUUGGAUGAUCUGCUUCCGUCAUCGGGUAUGAGUGGUUCUGCAUCGACAUCUCACCAGAGUGGUAGGCUGAAGAAAAUUUUGUCUGGGUUGCGGGCUGAUGGGGAGGAAGGAAAGCAGGUUGAGGCAUUGACGCAGCUUUGUGAUAUGCUUUCAAUUGGCACUGAAGAAUCCCUUAGUACAUUCUCUGUUGAUUCCUUCGUUCCUGUGCUCGUGGGGUUGCUUAAUCAUGAGAACAAUCCUGAUAUCAUGCUUCUCGCAGCCAGGGCCCUAACUCAUCUCUGCGAUGUGCUCCCUUCCUCUUGUGCUGCUGUUGUGCAUUAUGGUGCAGUGUCAAUGUUCUGCGCAAGAUUGCUUACCAUAGAGUAUAUGGACUUAGCUGAGCAGUCUCUUCAAGCUCUAAAGAAGAUUUCUCAGGAGCACCCAACUGCCUGUCUUCGAGCUGGUGCACUGAUGGCCGUGCUUUCUUAUUUGGAUUUCUUCUCAACAGGAGUUCAGCGGGUGGCAUUGUCUACUGCUGCAAAUAUGUGCAAGAAGCUUCCUUCUGAUGCAGCUGACUUUGUGAUGGAAGCUGUUCCUCUUUUGACAAACCUCCUUCAGUACCAUGAUUCCAAGGUCCUUGAACAUGCCUCUGUCUGUUUGACUCGAAUAGCCGAAGCAUUUGCCUCAUCUCCAGAUAAAUUAGAUGAGUUGUGCAAUCAUGGACUGGUAACGCAAGCUGCCUCCCUCAUUUCUACCAACAGUUCUGGUGGUGGACAGGCUUCUCUCAGCACGCCAACAUAUACUGGUUUAAUCCGACUUCUUUCCACAUGUGCAAGUGGGUCUCCUCUCGGAGCUAAAACGUUGCUUCUUCUUGGAAUUAGUCGUAUUCUUAAAGAUAUACUAUCUGGUUCUGGAAUUUCCUUUAAUGCCUCUGUUUCCCCUGCACUGAGUAGGCCAGCAGAGCAGAUAUUUGAAAUUGUGAAUCUGGCAAAUGAGCUUCUGCCUCCAUUGCCACAAGGAACCAUUUCCCUUCCAGUCAGCUCCAACUUGUUUGUGAAAGGGUCUGUUGUGAAAAAGUCUCCUGCAAGUAGUUCUGGGAUACAAGAAGACACAAAUGGAAAUGUUCACGAGAUGUCAGCUCGUGAGAAAUUAUUAAAUGAUCAGCCUGAGCUACUUCAGCAAUUUGAGAUGGAUCUGCUUCCAGUUUUAAUGCAGAUAUAUGGUUCCAGUGUUAAUGGUCCUGUUCGCCACAAAUGUCUUUCUGUCAUUGGAAAAUUGAUGUAUUUCAGCACAGCUGAGAUGAUUCAGUCUUUGUUGAGUGUGACAAAUAUAUCAAGUUUCUUAGCUGGCGUGUUGGCAUGGAAAGAUCCGCAUGUUUUGGUUCCGGCAUUGCAAAUUGCGGAAAUUCUUAUGGAAAAGCUUCCUAGAACUUUCUCUAAGAUGUUUGUCAGAGAAGGUGUGGUCCAUGCAGUUGACCAACUUAUUUUGGCUGGAAAUUCAACCAAUGUGUCUACACAAGCAUCAUCUGCCGAGAAGGAUAAUGAUUCUGCAUCUGGAACAUUAUCUCGCUCUCGGCGCUAUCGCCUACGCAGUGGUAACUCAAAUCCCGAGGCAAAUCCUUUGGAAGAUUUGAAGAGUCCAGUUCCAGUAAAUGUUGGUUUGCCACCAAGUUCUGUAGAAACUCCGACUAUUAAUUCAAGUGUUCGUGUAUCUGUCAGCUCAGCUGCUAGAGCUUUUAAAGAUAAGUACUUUCCUUCUGAUCCUGGGGCUGUUGAAGUGGGUGUUAGUGAUGAUCUUUUGCAUCUGAAAAAUCUUUGCAUGAAGUUGAACACUGGUGUUGAUGACCAAAGAACUAAGGCAAAGGGAAAAGUUAAAGCUUCUGGAUUUGGUCUGGACAAUAGUUCUACUAACAUGGAAGAGUUUUUGAUUGGGGUGAUAUCUGAUAUGCUAAAGGAACUUGGUAAAGGAGAUGGUGUAUCAACUUUUGAAUUUAUUGGUAGUGGUGUUGUUGCAGCUUUGCUGAACUAUUUUUCAUGUGGACAUUUCUCUAAAGAUCGAACCUCAGAAACCAAUCUUCCUAAGCUUCGCCAACAAGCACUUACAAGGUUUAAGUCAUUUGUAGCUGUUGCUCUACCUUCCAGUAUUGACAAUGGGGCUGUUGCUCCUAUGACAGUCUUGGUUCAGAAGCUUCAAAAUGCUUUGUCCUCCUUGGAACGUUUCCCUGUUGUGCUGAGUCAUUCAUCUCGGUCAUCUAGUGGAAGUGCACGUCUUUCCUCUGGACUAGGUGCAUUAUCUCAGCCCUUCAAGUUGCGUCUGUGUCGAGCCCAAGGUGAAAAGUCACUUAGGGAUUAUUCAUCCAAUGUUGUACUGAUUGAUCCAUUAGCAAGUUUAGCUGCCAUUGAGGAAUUUCUCUGGCCCCGUAUCCAGCGUGGUGAAUCUGGUCAAAAGGCUGCUGUAGCAACUGAGAAUUCCGAGUCUGGAACAACUCCUACUGGAGCAGGUGUUUCAUCUCCUCCAACUUAUACUCCCUCCACUACCCGUCGGCAUUCUACCAGAUCCAGAUCAUCUGUUAAUAUAGGAGAUACACCUAGAAAAGAAACAUCUCAAGAUAAAAACAUGAGCUCAUCUAAGGGAAAGGGCAAAGCUGUUUUGAAGCCUGCACAGGAGGAAGCAAAAGGACCCCAAACAAGGAACGCUGCACGCAGAAGAGCAGCUAUUGAUAAAGAUGCUCAAAUGAAACCUGAAAAUGGUGACUCAACUUCUGAGGAUGAAGAAUUGGAUAUAUCUCCUGUUGAGAUUGAUGAGGCUUUGGUGCUUGAAGAUGAUGAUAUUUCUGAUGACGAUGACGACGACGACCAUGAAGAUGUGCUGAGGGAUGAUUCUCUUCCUGUUUGCUUGCCUGACAAAGUACAUGAUGUGAAGUUGGGUGACUCAACUGAGGAGAGUACUGUUGCUCCAACAACAAGUGAUAGCCAGACUAAUGCAGCCUCAGGUUCUAGCAGCAAAGUUGGUACAGGCAGGGGAUCUGACUCUGUUGAUUUUAGGAGUGGCUAUUCUUCUGGCUCAAGGGGUGCAAUGUCAUUUGCUGCUGCUGCUAUGGCUGGACUUGGAUAUGCUAAUAGCAGAGGUUUCAGGGGUGGCAGAGAUAGGCAUGGGCGCCUGUUGUUUGGCAGUUCUAAUGAUCCUCCAAAGUUGAUUUUUACUGCUGGUGGGAAGCAGCUUAAUAGGCAUUUGACUAUAUAUCAGGCAAUUCAAAGACAGCUUGUGCUAGAUGAAGAUGAUGAUGAGAGGCUUGCUGGCAGUGACUAUGUAUCCAGUGAGGGAAGUAGUCUGUGGGGUGAUAUUUACACCAUCACUUAUCAGAGGGCGGAAAACCAGACAGAUAAGGCCCCUACUGGAGGAUCAAGUUCAAAUACUGCAAAAUCUGCCAAAUCUGGGUCUGCCUCAAAUUCCAGUUCUGAAGCUAAGUUGCAUCAAACAUCUGUUCUAGACAGUAUAGUGCAGGGAGAAUUGCCCUGUGAUCUGGAAAAAUCUAAUCCUACCUACAAUAUUUUGGCCCUACUGCGUGUGCUGGAGGGUUUGAACCAUCUUGCGCCUCGUUUGAGGGCCCAGGUGGUUUCUGAUAGCUUUGCUGAGGGAAAAGUCUUGGAUUUAGAUGAGCUAGGUAUUACCACCGGUGCUAGGGUGCUUCCGGAGGAAUUCAUAAGUAGCAAGCUUACCCCAAAAUUGGCUAGGCAAAUACAAGAUGCCCUUGCGCUAUGCAGUGGGAGUCUUCCCUUGUGGUGUUACCAGUUGACUAAAGCAUGCCCUUUCUUGUUUCCUUUUGAGACCCGGCGGCAGUACUUUUAUUCAACUGCCUUUGGGUUAUCUCGUGCACUGUAUCGACUUCAGCAGCUGCAGGGUGCGGAUGGUGUUGGUUCAACUAAUGAAAGAGAGAUGAGAGUUGGGAGGUUGCAGCGCCAAAAGGUUCGUGUCUCUCGAAAUCGCAUUUUGGAUUCUGCUACAAAAGUUAUGGAGAUGUAUUCUAGCCAAAAAGCUGUACUUGAAGUAGAAUACUUUGGUGAAGUUGGCACUGGCCUGGGUCCCACCCUUGAGUUUUAUACAAUCCUAAGUCAUGACUUGCAAAAAGUUGGACUACAAAUGUGGAGAUCUUGUUCUUCAGAGAAACAUCAAAUGGAAAUUGAUGGAGAUGAAAAGAAAAUGAAAAGCCGUGAAGGCUCUGGACCUAAUUUGGCUGGAGAUGGAGAGCUUGUUCAAUCUCCUCUCGGGUUGCUUGUUCAAUCUCCUCUCGGGUUGUUUCCUCAGCCUUGGCCUUCAAAUGCUGAUGCAUCAGAGGGUAGCCAGUUUUCAAAAGUGGUUGAGUAUUUUCGGUUGUUAGGCCGUGUUAUGGCUAAAGCUCUUCAAGAUGGACGACUAUUGGAUCUGCCAUUGUCUGUGGCAUUUUAUAAGCUUGUUCUUGGUCAAGAUCUUGAUUUGCAUGACAUUCUUUUCAUUGAUGCUGAGCUUGGGAAGACUUUGCAAGAGUUGAAUGCCCUUGUUUGUAGGAGACAUUAUAUAGAAUCUAUUGGUGGUAACAAUACUGAUACAAUUACAAACCUAUAUUUUCGUGGCACCCCAAUUGUAGAUCUCUGCUUGGAUUUUACACUUCCUGGUUAUCCCGAAUACAUCUUGAAACCAGGAGAUGAAAUUGUUGAUGUCAACAAUGUAGAGGAUUACAUAUCCUUGGUGGUUGAUGCAACUGUAAAGACUGGAAUCAUGCGUCAAAUGGAAGCAUUUAGAGCAGGGUUUAACCAGGUUUUUGACAUCUCAUCUUUACAAAUUUUUACUCCCCAAGAACUGGACAAUUUGCUUUGUGGCCGCAGAGAGUUGUGGGAGGCGGAGACACUUGCUGAUCAUAUAAAAUUUGACCAUGGGUACACUGCAAAGAGCCCUGCCAUUGUUAAUUUACUUGAAAUUAUGGGAGAGUUCACACCGGAGCAGCAGCGUGCCUUCUGUCAAUUUGUUACUGGUGCACCUAGGCUGCCACCUGGUGGGCUGGCAGUUCUAAAUCCAAAACUAACGAUUGUGAGGAAGCUUUCGUCAACUGCAGUUAAUACAUCAUCUAAUGGAAAUGGGCCUUCAGAACCAGCAGAUGAUGACUUGCCUAGUGUGAUGACAUGCGCUAAUUACCUGAAGCUUCCUCCUUACUCUACCAAGGAAAUUAUGUACAAGAAGCUACUUUAUGCAAUCAGUGAAGGCCAGGGAUCCUUUGAUUUAUCUUGAGUUUCUUGAACUAACCAACCUAACCCUGUAUAUUAAGUAGAUGGAAUCAGGGUUUAUUCUCGAGGCUCAAUUAUUUGUUGGUUGCAUGUACUGUCCUCCUCGCUUCUCAGAUAAUGGUCUCACUUUGGGUGCUCGAUGCAAAGUAGUGGCAUAGUUCAGUUGAAUCGGGUCGCCACAUUUCCAAGGUGUAAGGGAAUUUAAGGAGUUAUUUUUUAAUUUUAGCUCUUAGGACGUGUAAAUAAAAUAGGAAUGUUGAAAUUUUGAUUUUCUAUUUUUAAAAUUUUUCAUUAUUCCGUUUAAGUCAAAUUAUUGCAGUUAUCAUGUAAGAAAAUUUGAUAAA